AUGUUUCGUUUCUGGGCUUCUGAGUCGAGGGGAAGCGACAAGACGGUAGACGCAAGCCAUCCCCUGCCGUCGCCGGACUGCGCGGAUUCCGUUCAGCGUGCGCCGGUUCUUCCCCAGAAGAGGAGGCCGAGUUCCGUCGACACCACUGCAUAUCUCGGCGACUAUCUGUCGGCCAAGCGUGCAAAGACAGAGCAGAAUGGUGGUCUGCCGUCCCCGACCUCUGCGUUGGCCGACGACGACGAGUCUGCCAUGUUACACAAGUUGAGCAUAGCUCCCGACCUGGAACGUGCCAAAGAUGUAAUCCAGUACCAGUUUGGUCUUGAGAUUCUCUUGAAGCAUGACGAACUUCGCCUCAUAAACCAGGAAUUGGCCAAGUGCCAAGUUGCUCUCGAGCAGCUCCGCCGCUGCCAUCUCAUUCCUUACCCUGUGCAGUGUCCGACCCCGAGUCAGAUGCUGGAGAUUCACACCGGCAAGGGUCCUGCUCUGCAGUCGAAGCCUGGUCAUGCCGUGCCGAAAUGGGCUCCGCCUUUUGGUGUCGUUGACGGCCCUUACGCACGACAUUAUGCUAAGUGGCUAAUCCCCGACCCCGUAUUUGAUGGCUUUCAACCGGAGCCUCAAGGUUUUGCAGAAGCCGGCAGGACCAAGAGCCUCACGGCCGAGGGCAGGACGACGCGGAACAGCAUGUCUGACGGGGGCGCAAACUUUGGCAAGCCGCGACCUGCCCGCGGUCUAACAGGGCACAGGCUGCAAGCACUAUCCAGUGGAUACCCGCAGCCAAAGGACAAGCAAGCUCCCUGCGUUCUGAAGAGGUCGGAUGGGGUUACAGUCAAGCUCAUUUGUAUCGACUGCAACCGGUGGGAUUUUUCAAGCACUCAAGGCUUCAUCAAUCACUGUCGCAUUGCGCACAGGAGAGAUUUCAAGAGUCACGAGGAAGCUGCUGUUCAUUGCGGACACCCUAUCGACCUUGACGAUGGCGGUUCUGUUGCGCUUGACGAAAGCAAGACUCCUGUUCCUGUGACCUCUACUGUCGUCCACCCUCUUGCCCGCAAUGAGUCGAUUUCCGACCAACAGGGCUACAAGGCUCUUCUCUCUCGCAUCAACGCCUCGCUUGACCUUUAUCACGCAGGCAAGCUACCGAACGUGAGGUGCAUACCAAGGGCCCUUGCUCCUACAGAAACUUCCGGUUUUGUUGGCUCUUCGGAUACGCCCUAUCUAUCGCGGCUGAUACAGAAGAAGAAGCUGGGAGGCAACUUGAAAGACCAAGUGAACGAUGCUAAGAUCAAAGUGGAUUGGGAUCUGCUCUCGCCUGGAGAGGACUCCGAUGACACAGAUCAGACAAACCCGUUAGAUGGCGUGGAAAUUCCGAAGGUCUUUUCAGCGCCUGCUGCACGUACACCCGCCGUUAUGCGGAUUCCGGCACGCUCAGCCGUACCCCCCCCGCCUUCAGCUUCAAUUCCUUUGCCUCAAAGCAGCAAAGGCCGUGUUCCAACCCAACUAGGGCUGGCCAACCUUCCCGACACUGUUUCCUCCGAACAGCCAGAGACUCCACCGUAUGAUGACGAUAUGGAUGUGGAUUUGAGUCCCAACACUGCAGCUAGCAACAAUGCACCAUCCCUUGUUAGUGACGACGGGGAGUACGAUGAUUCCGACGGAUCUGCCUCGGACACAAGCGACGAUGUGGAGACAGAGUCUGUUUCGGAUGUCGCCGAAAUAAAUAUUGAAGAAGAUCAUGAUACUCGAGAGGUCACACCGCGGCCCAUUCACCGCUGCCGGCCGCCCAGCAGUUCCGAAGUCAAGCUCAGAAAGGACGAUAACAGACACGUCACGUUCGUGGCUGCGCCUAUUGCGAACGGCAAUGCCAAGGCCAGGCGAAAGCAGAAAGCCUAA